UAAUUUGCUAUACCUCGUGGGGUUACUCUGUCGGAACUGAAAAGUUGAUUGCGCGCCAUGUGUUCGACCAAAUGCCGCCACCUGCUCAGGCAGCUCCGCGGCCGCCAUUUCUCCACCGCCCCGGCAUCCAACCACCGGAAGAGCACCCCGCAAAUCACCAUCCGGUGGCCGGAGCAAUCCAGGCCCUCCCCCGACCCAGGAGACACGGCGCGGGCCCAUGAGGCCACCGUCAGGAGGCUCGCGGCGGCGGGCGACCUGGACGGCGUCCAGUACGCGCUGCAGGAGAUGCGGCUGCGCGGGGUGGCGUGCCCCGAGGGCGCCCUCGCCGCCGCCAUCUGCGCCUUCGCCCGCGCCGGCGCGCCCGACCGCGCGCUCGAGACCUUCUACCGCGCGCACGACCUGGGGUGCGGCGCGCCCACCGUGCGGGUGUACAACCACCUGCUCGACGCGCUGCUCCGGGAGAACCUGGUCGGGGCGGUGGUGCCGGUGUACGACAACAUGAGGAACGCCGGCGUGGAGCCCAACGUGUACACCUACAACCUGCUCCUCAAGGCGCUGUGCCAGAACGACCGGGUCGACGCCGCGCGCAGGAUGCUCGGCGAAAUGGCCAGGAAGGGGUGCCGCCCGGACGAGGUGAGCCACACGACGAUUGUUUCCGCGCUAUGCAAGCUGGGCAGGUUGGAUGAGGCCCGGGGGGUGCUGGCGGAGACGGCGCCUGUGUGCACCUCGUACGAUGCCGUUGUUCACGCGCUCUGUGGAGAGUCCAGGAUGCGGGAGGCGUUCGUGGUUGUCGACGAGAUGGUGCAGCGGGGAUUGCAGCCAGGCCCCGUCACCUACACGAGCAUAGUCCACGCGUUCUGCAAGGCCCGGGAGCUGGGAAUGGCUUGCGCUAUUUUGGCCAGGAUGGUAAUCAAAGGUUGUUCCCCGAAUGUUCAUACGUUCACUGCGUUGGUCAAAGGGUUCUUCGAUGAUGGAAAGGCGCGUGACGCUCUUGGCAUGUGGAAUUGGAUGGUGGCUGAAGGAUGGGCACCUUCUAUAAUCUCUUACAAUGUUCUCAUCCGUGGCCUUUGCCGUACCGGUGAUCUAAACAGGGCGUUAUCUGUUUUCAGCAGCAUGGAGAAAAACGGAUGUUUUCCUGAUGUGAGGACCUACUCUGUUCUCAUUGACGGAUUUUCCAAAGCUGGAGACCUAGAUGGUGCCAUGUCAAUAUGGAAUGACAUGACACAGGCUGGCUACAAGCCGAACGUUGUUGUCUACACAAAUAUGGUGGAUGUGCUUUGCAAGAAGAUGAUGUUUGAUCAGGCAGAAAAUCUCAUUGACAAGAUGUCAUCGGAAAAUUGUCCUCCUAACACAUUGACAUUCAACACCUUGAUCAGAAGCCUGUGUGACUGCGGAAGAGUGGGGGCAGCUUUGAGUGUGCUCCGUGGGAUGGCAAGAUAUGGAUGCUCUCCUAAUGUCAGGACAUACAAUGAGUUGCUUCAUGGUUUUUUCAGGGUAGGAAACUGCAAAGACGCCUUUCAAAUUUUGAUCGAGAUGCUAAACAAUGGGAUUGAGUUGAGUUUGAUAUCUUACAACACUGCGAUUAGUGGUCUGUGUCAGAUGGGAAGGAGCAAAGAAGCUAUGAUUCUUCUGGGGAGGAUGAUGCUACAACGAAUUCAACCCGAUUCAUUCACUUUCAACGCGAUAAUUCAUGCUUAUUGCAAGGAAGGGAAUGUCAGAGCUGCUGCUUGGAUGCUAGGUCAGAUGGAUGCAGUUAACUGUCCACGCAACAUAGUUGCUUACACAAGUCUGAUAUCGGGGCUUUGCAAUCAGCAUAGGAUGGAUGAUGCCAUGGUUUAUCUCUUGAAGAUGUUGAAUGAAGGUAUCUGUCCAAAUGAAGCGACAUGGAAUGUGUUAGUCCGUGGAUUGUCCACACUUGUGGGCGCCAUCGGACCAAUGCACUUGAUUGAUCAUAUUGUUGAAGAUUUACAACCAUAGCCCUAGAGAACUUGUACAAACCUGGGCGGCAUCAAACCAAUUUAGUUGAUUGAGCAUAUUUUGAUCAUAUAUAAGCUUCAGCUUGGUGCUACCAUUUGAACUUGUUAGUGAAGGACAGAGAUGACGCACAACAUUCUCUCUGGUAGUUAGCUUCAAAUAUGAGGCUGCAUAUGAAGGAGAAUGAAAUAGAAUUACUCAAAAGAAGCAAGAGAGGACAAUUAUGGGCAAAGGGAGAAUGAAGACAAUAUGAGUCAGCUGUACAGCAUUAGGGUUCACCAUGUCAGCUUUACUAUGUUAUGAGUUCUCUCUUAAUAGAUCGCUAGUGAUUUUGUACGGAAUUUACCAAAUUUUGUUGGGUUCAAUCAAACCCAAUCCUAAUAAACUUGCUCUGAUCCUGACAAUUAGUACAAACAACAAAUAUCACACUUCAUCAGCUCAACAAAUAUUACCUGGUAAUAUUUUAGCAUGUAGUUUCUUCUCUUCUUCAUCGUUGCAGUGACCAAGUCUCUUUCAAUGUCAAAAGGUACAGGAUCCAACACUAUGCCUUUGAUAUACUCGAAACCUCGUAACUGAUUUGUGAUAUGCAAAGUGGGUUAACAGAUAUGAUGCUUAGAGAUGCAGUGAAUAGUAAAAAUGAUGGAGUUCACACUACACAGAAACUUCUGAGUUCCUUUUAAUUGUAAUGCAAAAUGCAGUGGAAACUAUGUUGACCGUAAUGUUAGAAUAAUUUGAUGGGUUACAUGAUGAACCAUGUGAUAUGUUCAGUCUUCAAUUUGGAAGUGAAUAAAUGACCAUACCUUGUUCUUCUGUGCAGCAGUUGCGAGCUCCGUAAGGAUAUAUUCUUUAAGGCUUUCCAAUUUGCAUAUUUCAUCGAAAGAACCUUUGUAUCCUUUCGACGCUGCCCACUUCAUGGUGUUUUCUUCAUGUGGAUUAACUACUGCAACUAACGUUGAUCUGUAGCU